UUUCCCAGGAACCGCCAACCUUAUUACAGACCAACGACCUAUCAAUUUUUACUGCAAAUUAUGCUUCAGCAUUAACAAUAAUUAAUUAUAUAAUAAUUAUUUUUUGUGGAAUAAGUAUUCAAAUACAUGUUUAUCGUCAUUGUAAAGGUGUAGAAAUGACUCAAUUACGUAAUAUGAAUAAACAAUUAAGUAUUGUUUUGGGGGCACAGGCUAUUCUUCCUUUAUUACCUUACCUCUCCAGUUUAUUCUCCAAUUUAAAUGUUUUAUUUAAUUUGCCUGGUUUACUUUCUUCGUCUAUUGCGAUAUUCUUUAGUUCUAGUUUGGGAUCUUUAGUUGCUUUUUUAAAUCCUAUUGUAUGAUUAUUUAUAUUUUUUAAAUUA